AAAACUUUCUUAAAAACAAAACAUGUUCACUUUCAAGAAAAAAGAUUCUGGCUGUCAAAACAGAAAAAAUGCGGCAAAUAGGACAGCAAAUGAGCAUAAAAAUAAACGUACGCUCGAAGAUUGUGGUAUCCAAGUUAAAAAAAAUGACGGGGAUAGGCCUACAGUUUCCAGAUUGAUAUCUAUAAAUUCCUCUCAAUCACGUCAAGCUUUUGGAAUAGAUAGCUUUGAAAACGAUUCUUGUAAAAUUUUGUUGAACUCAGAAGAACCACUUCCUCCUUCGAAUGGCACGAUGGCAAUAUUGGCAACAAGAGUUGAAAAUGAAAACAAUAUUUUGCAUAAAGAUAAAUUGGAUGAGGCAAUUACUGCAAAGGAUCCUGCUUUGUGGGCUGAAAAUAUGUCCAAAGUAGAACGCGAUGCAGUUGUUCUUCAGGGGCCCCCUAAAAAUCCUUUAUCUUUUCCGAGAGACUCAAACAAGAUUAAGGUUCCUGAAUCAGUUUUCCACGAAAUAACUCGUAAUGGGGAGAAAAUAAACAGAGAUUGGCUUGUUUGGAGUGCAACUUCAAAAUCAUUUGCUUUGUUUUCUGUGCUCACUUUUCGGAAGCAAACAAGCCUGCGGGGCUGGUAAUAAUUCACAUCUUCUACAUUGGAAUGGUGGCAUCAAUGGAAACUGGAGAAAGCUAGCUGAAAAAGUAAAAGGCCACCAAAACAAUCCUCACCAUCGAGACAAUUACAUUAAGUGGAAAACAGCGCUGGAAAGCUUGGGAAAUCAAUGUGGGAUUGAUUCAAGUUUAGAAAAAUUGAUAAGAAAUGAGGCAGCCAGGUGGCGUGAAAUUUUAAAGUGCAUUUUAGAUGUAAUUCUCUUCUUAGCAUCACGCAACCUUAGCUUCAGAGGUAUAUUUGUGAACAUUAAUUAUUAUAUUUAUGUUUACGUUAUAAUUUAUUUUUACUAUAAUUAAACAGAAAGUCAUGAUUUAUAUGUGUAAUUAAAAUCGAUAUUUUAGGCUCAUCAAAAAUGAUCGGUGAUGACGAUAACGGCAACUUUCUUGCAACUCUAGAGCUACUUGCAAAGCACAACAAGACUCUUCAGUUACAUCUAGAAGAGGUUUCUCGCUGCCAACAAGAAGGUAAACAAAUUAUUGCGCAUUAUUUGGGUUGGAGUUCUCAAAAUGAAUUUAUAAAAGAGUGCGGAAGAAUCGUCUACGGUGCCAUCAUUAAAGAGGCGCAUAUGGCAAUUUACUAUUCUAUUCUUGUCGACGGAACGCCUGACGUCUCUCAUACAGAGCAAAUUGCAUUUGUUCUCCGCUUUGUCUACUAUGGUAUUGAUAAAAAAUGGGUAGUUAAGGAGCGCUUUCUUGGGGUCGAAAGUCUCGAUAAAAAGAAAGGUGUGGAUAUUGCUAAGCUAAUUAUAGAUGUCUUAAAUCAAAAUGACAUUGAUCUGAAGAACUGUCGAGGUCAGGGAUAUGACAACGGUACUAAUAUGUCUGGUGUGUACAAAAGAGUACAAGCGAUUAUUCUUCAGAGAAAUCCUCAAGCUUUCUACAUGCCAUGCAGAACUCAUAACCUUAAUUUAGCUGGUGUUCAUUCACUUGAAUCUUCUGUAGAAAUGAAGAACUAUUUCGGUCGUAUUCAGUUACUCUACAAUCUUUUUAGUGGAAGCCCUAUACGAUGGAAAAUCUUGACCAAGACAACUGGUUUGUCUCUACAUCAAACUUCACAAACCCGAUGGAGUGCACGCAUUGAGGCUGUGAAGCCUUUGGUUAAGCGACCCAGAGAAAUUCUUUUAUCUUUGCAGAAACUUCGUGAUCUUGAUUUAACUGCUGAUCUAUUGAUUGACGUAAAAUCUUUAGAGAAAUGGAUUCAGUCAUUUGAGUUUAUUAUCAUGACAACCUUCUGGUUCAAAGCGCUGCAAGCAAUAAACUAUGUCAGCGUGUCAUUUCAAUCAGAAAACAUUACUUUAGAUGAUGAGAUGAAACUUAUGAAGAUUCUUAUUGAGGAUCUUACUAGACUUAGAUCUUCUUGGCCCGAAUUAAUUAAUGAAGCACAUUUAGUUGCCUCCGGUCUAGCUAGUUAUGGGUUUCAGUCAAAACUAGUUCAAAAAAGGACAAGAAAGAGGAAAACUUUUUACGAAGAAACAAGGAACGAAGUUCGUUUCUUAGAAAACGAUGAAAAACAGUUUGAGGUGAAUGUAUUCAACACCGCUCUCGAUACAUUAAUUCAACAAAUAAAAGACAGAUUUCAAGCUGCAGAAAAGACAACUAACAGUUUUUCUUUUCUAUGGCUCUCAGAAUUUAAUAGUAGGUCGAGUGAGGAAAAAGAAAUUGAACAACCUAGCCUAGAGGAAAAAUGUAAAACUUUGGCGCAAAUGUAUGUGAACGAUGUAGAUGAAGACAAACUUAUUUUAGAGGUCCGUCAUCUGGAUACUCUAAAGCGUGCCAAUCUUUUCGGUCCAAAAGAAUAUCUCACUUCAAUGAAACUAUUAAAUGGAAUUUAUCAAAAAGGUCUAGAGUCUAUCUUCGAAUCAUCAUGCAUUUUAUUACGUAUUUUUAACACAAUUCCCGUUUCCAUCGCCGAAGGAGAGCGGUCUUUCAGCAAGCUUGGUCUAGUCAAGACAACAUUAAGAUCUACAAUGAGUCAAGACCGGCUUACCAAUCUCUUAGUUAUAUCUAUUGAGCACGAUCUAGCAAAAAGUCUGUGCUACGACGAGGUCAUUGAAAAUUUUGCUUUAAAUAAAGCACGGAGAGUCAAAUUCUUAUAAAGCAUUUAAAAUAUCUAUUACAUUUAAAAUUUACAGUUGCUCGCAAUAUAAUAAAGUUAAUUUGUCAA